AUGGGAUGUGAAGUUACAGGUGCUGUGCGAGCAUCUCCAGCUGAGCAGAUGCCGUGCUGGGGCCGCCUACGCUCCGUCCUGAAGCUGCUUUCCCGCAGGAAACAAGUCCCGGCCAGCUCAGAGGGCUCCAGCCUCCGCCGCUGCCUCUCCACCGUGGAUCUGGUUGCCUUGGGAGUGGGCAGCACGCUGGGGGCCGGUGUCUACAUCCUGGCAGGGGAGGUGGCCAAGACCAGCUCUGGCCCGAGCAUCGUCCUUUCUUUCCUGAUUGCAGCUGUGGUGUCUGCCCUGGCAGGGCUGUGCUACGCCGAGUUUGGGGCCCGUGUGCCCCUGGCCGGCUCUGCCUACCUCUACAGCUACGUGACAGUGGGCGAGCUCUGGGCCUUCCUCGCUGGGUGGAACCUGCUGCUGUCCUACGUCAUCGGUACAGCCAGCGUUGCCCGGGCCUGGAGCGCUACCUUUGACCAGCUCCUUGGCGAGAAGAUGGGGAGGUUUUUGGGUGCUCACGCAGCCAUGAGCUCUGUGGGGCUGGCAGAGCACCCAGAUGCCUUUGCUGCAGGCCUGGUGGUCCUGCUGGCAGGGCUUCUUUCCUUUGGAGUGAAGGAGUCCACCAUGGUCAACAAAGCCUUCACAGCUCUCAAUGUGCUCGUCCUGCUCUUUGUCACAGUGAGUGGCUUCAUCAAAGGUGACAUGAGCAACUGGAGGCUCAGGGAGGACGACCUGCCACAGGCAGCUGCCCACGAGGCUGGGAACCAGUCCAUGGUGGACAACAUGACCAGUGCCUUUGGGGUGGGAGGCUUCAUGCCCUAUGGUUUCACUGGGACCUUGGCUGCAGCCUCUACCUGUUUCUAUGCCUUUGUUGGAUUUGACUGCAUUGCUACCACAGGGGAAGAAGUGAGGGACCCACAGAGAUCCAUCCCCAUGGGCAUCAUUCUGUCCCUCCUCAUCUGCUUCCUGGCCUACUUUGGGGUGUCUGCUGCCCUCACCCUGAUGAUGCCCUACUACCUCCUGGACACCAUGAGCCCACUGCCAGUGGCUUUUGAGCACAUUGGCUGGAGCGCUGCAAAGUACGCCGUGGCUGUGGGGUCACUGUGUGCCCUGACCACCAGCCUCCUGGGCUCCAUGCUCCCCAUGCCACGGAUCCUGUAUGCAAUGGCUCGAGAUGGGCUCCUCUUCAAACCUCUGGCCAAAGUUAGUCGCCGUCAGUGCCCGGUGGUGGCAACUCUGGUGUCUGGGGGAGUGGCAGCUCUCCUGGCCCUUCUCUUCGACCUGAAGGCCCUGGUAGACACCAUGUCCAUUGGCACACUGCUGGCCUACUCCAUAGUGGCUGGCUGUGUGCUGCUGCUCAGGUAUCGGCCUGAGCCCAGCGCUCGGGACACUCCUGCGGGGAAGGUCCCAGCUGUGCAGCUCUGGUGGGACCACCUGGUCCAGCCGCCCCCCCAUGCCACCCCUCGCUCCUCUGCUGUGGUGGUCUGGGCUCUGACAGCUGUAGCCACCCUGGCCUGUGCCCUGAGCUGGGUGAGUGCUGCUGGACUGCCCUGCCUGUGGACUGGUGGUGCCUGGUGCAUCACAGCUCUGGCCCUGCCUCUUCUGGGGAUCCUGGCAGCAGCUCUUCUCAUCUGGAGGCAGCCUCAGAGCCGGGACAGAGCAUCCUUCAUGGUUCCCUGCCUGCCCUUCCUGCCUCUCCUCAGCAUCUCCAUCAACACUGUGCUGAUGGCCCAGCUCAGCACGGCCGCCUGGCUGCGGUACCUGCUCUGGAUGGCUGUGGGUUUCCUCAUUUACUUUGGCUAUGGGAUCUGGCACAGCACCGAGAGCCACUGGCCUGAAGGGACAGAGCCCCAGGAGCUGCCAGGAAGCAGAGCCAGGGAGGUGGCCCUGGAGCCCUGUGGGACUGCCCUGUGCCCAUCUGCUCCAGGGCAAUAAAAGGGGAUGGCUAGUUCCUGAGUACCUGGCUUCCUCCAUCCUGUGCCCAGGGGGCAAGGAAGCCCCUUGGGCUGUGGGUCCUGUCCCACAGAGGAGGCGAGCCCUGCCAGAGCUGCAGGAGCAGCUUCCCCGAGUCUCGUGAACCUUCCUGAGCAACCCAAAUCCUCACAGCAAGCCCCUGCAGAAGGAAUUCUGUUUGGAGAGGAUAAAGCACACAAGUGAUUUUGCUGCUGUUGCUGGGCUGUAGUUUUGUGUUUGUUUUUUUUUUU